UUUCGUUCAAAGCCGACAUUUCCACUGCUUCGUACCUCAAUCCCCUCUUCACUACGUUUUACUUGGGUAUAUUAUUCUUGACUGGUUCUCUCAAUGGGGGAUCCCAGCCAUCUGGAGAAGAUGGGAAUAGAGCUUAAAUGCCCAAUUUGUCUGAGUCUUUUGAACUCUGCCGCUUCACUCGGAUGCAACCACAUAUUCUGCUUUGUAUGUAUAGAGAAAUCAAUGAAAUCGGGUUCGAACUGCCCAGUUUGUAAGGUGCCUUAUCGGCGAAGAGAAGUUCGUCCUGCUCCACACAUGGAUAAUUUGGUGAGCAUUUACAAAAGCAUGGAAGCUGCUUCGGGAGUUAAUAUAUUUGAUACCCAGAAUUUGUCUUCUGAUAAUUUAUCUGAUGGAGACAAACAAGUUGAAGGUGAUAGCAGUGGUUCAAAACGGCUCAAAACAGAAACCAGUGGGAGAACAGCUUAUGAACUGAGAACUUUGAAAAAAGAGCCACAAAAAAUACAAAAAUCCAAGCGGAAGAAUUCUGCUUCUUCCCCUCUGAAACCUUCAUUUCCAAGAAAGAAGAGGGUUCAGGUGCCACAACGUCCUCUUUCAGAGACACCUACCAGACCUGUAAAGUUAGCAUGUAGUCUUAAUGAGGUGAAUGAAGAAGAACCGAGAAAAGGUACAGAUGCUUCGGAGGAUAAAGGUCAGCCAGUUCUUUCACCAUUUUUUUGGUUGAGAGAAAGAGAUGAAGAAGAUGAAAAGUCGAACCAGGAGUCGGAGUUGGAUCAACCUACAGACUCGAUGUCAAUGAAUGUUCUUUCCUUCAGUGAUAUAAAGGAUUCACUGGAAGAAAGCACUUCAAAGCCUCCAUUGGAGGAAGUGUGUGGCAAGCCAUCCAACGACUUGGAUCUCUUUGAUAGUGAAAUGUUUGACUGGACUCAAAGAGCCUGUUCCCCCGAACUUUGUUCAAGUCCCUUUAAACGGCAGGCUGAAGAUAUUGCUGGAACUGAAACAUCAUUAUUGGCAGCAGCCCCUGAUGAAGAACUAAGGAAGCAAAAUCCAAAUGGAAGCUAUAAUGGAAUUGGUGAUAUCCUGGACAUCUUGGUACCUAAUGUGCCCCCUCUGGAGGGCAACAGUGUGAAGGAUCAUACUGCGCGUGCUAAUCUUACCAGAAAAGGUAGGAAGAAAAAGGAAAUUGCUCUGAGGAAAUGUUCUAAAAGAUUGGCAGAAGCAGCUAGUGGGAAAUAUUCUCAGGCGGCCACCGAAACUGAAUGCUCGAGUCAAAAGCAGCAGCACGAUGUUAUCAACAGCUUUGGUAGUCUGAAAAAUAGUACCAAAAGAAGCAAUAAGAAAAUGCACUUCGAUACUGAUGCAAAUAAGGCUAUUUUUGAAAGUGUUCCUGCCGUUCCAAUUAAUUUAGCAACUCCAAAUGAGAAUUUCAAAACCAAGACACCAGCCUUUCCAGAAGUGGAAAAGGUUAAUCAAUUCCUAGAAAAGAGUCGCAAGAAUGACAGGGCCAGCAAGAAAACACUCUUUGGUAUUGAUGCUAUUAAAGCGACUCCUGAAAAUGUUCCUGCUGAUCCAGUUAGUUUAGGAGCUCCAGAUGGUGGACAUAAGAAUUUUGGAACCGAAAUAUUAGCUUUACCAAAAGGUGAAAAGGUUUAUGAACUCCCUGAAAGUAGUUGCAAGAAAGGCAGAGGCAGGAAGAAAGCGCACUUUGGUAACAAUGCAAAUAAGACAAUUCUUGAAGAUAUUCCUGCCCAUCCCAUUAGUUUAGGAACUCCAAACGAUGGUCCUGAGAAUUUUGAAUCAGAGGUAUCAGCUUUUCAAGAAGUGGAAAAGGCUAGCCAAUUCCCCGAAAAAAGUAGCAAGAAUGGCGGAGCCCACGGAGACCAGAGAGUGGUCCAAUGCCGCAUGAAGUCUAAGAAACAAAAGCUGGAUUCAGUGGACGACAAACUGCAAGAGAACCCAUAUUUCAAUCAGGAUCAGCACGAUAGUUCUGCUAUUCCUGUUUUGAUCACCGCACCGUCUGCAAUUGCUACGCCAACUGAUCAAAAGAGUGCACGUGAGAAACAAGAGAAAAUUUUCUCUGUUUGCGUAAUAACUAGUGAGUACGACAACAUCACCCAAGGGAAGUAUGUUGGUGCUCAGGAAAAUGAAGGUCAGCUCUCUGAAAAGCUUGGAUGCAGUGACGAUGCAGACAACUUGGAUUCUAUGACCAAAAAAGGUCGUUCAGAGAAACGAGAAAGAUUUGAUGAUGAAUUUCAAUGUGCUUUCUGUCGCUCAUCAGAAGAAUCAGAGGCUUCUGGAAGAAUGGGCCACUAUUUCAAUGGGAAGCCGAUCGAUACAGAUGCCAUCAAAAACUCAAAGGUCGUACAUGCCCACUGGAAUUGUGUUGAAUGGGCGCCCAAUGUUUAUUUCGAUGGCUCAACUGCAAUUAACCUUGAAGCUGAGCUCAGUAGAAGUCGAAGAAUUAAAUGUGGUUGCUGUGGAAAUAAGGGUGCUGCUCUUGGGUGUUAUGAGAAGAAUUGUCGCAAGAGCUUUCAUGUUCCUUGUGCAAAGUUGAUGCCUCAAUGUCGAUGGGAUACCGAAAAUUUUGUGAUGUUAUGCCCUCUGCAUCCGGAUUCUAAACUGCCAAGCCAGGAUCUGGAGCCCCAAGAACUGAAAAGCAGUUGCGCUCCUAAGCGACAAUCGAACACUAAAUGUAUAGCUGUUGCACGUGAGAUCAGCAAUCAUGGAAGGUUUACAUUUCGUGAAUCAUCUAAGAAAUUGGUUCUGUGCUGUUCAGCUCUCACCACAGCAGAGAGGGAAGCUGUAGCUGAAUUUCAGAGAUUAUCUGGAGUUCCAGUGUUACAAAAAUGGGAUGAUAGCGUUACACAUAUAAUUGCAUCAACGGAUGAAAAUGGAGCAUGCAAAAGAACCUUCAAAAUUUUAAUGGGUAUUUUGGAGGGAAAAUGGAUAUUGGGUAUUGAAUGGAUUAAGGCUUGUAUACAAGACAUGGAACAAAUAGAGGAAGAACGCUUUGAGAUUACUCUAGAUGUCCAUGGAAUCAGGGAUGGCCCUCAACUUGGAAGAUUGAGAGUCCUGAACAAUCAACCAAAAGUCUUUUCUGGGUUCAAGUUCUUCUUUACAUCAGAUUUCUUACCUUCAUACAAAGGAUAUCUCCAACAACUUGCAACUGCAGCAGGAGGAACUAUUCUGCUUAGAAAACCAGUUUCAAGCAACAAGCAAAGCAGCUCUUGUUCUUCACCUAACUGCCAAGUUUUCAUCAUUUACAGUCUUGAGCUUCCUGAUCAAUGCAAUCCAGGUGAAAAGAAUGAGAUUCUCAAUCGCAGGCGAUCGAAUGCCGAAUUGCUUGCUGAGUCGGCCGCAGCCAAAGUUGCAACAAAUUUGUGGCUUUUAAACUCGAUUGCAAGCAGUAAAUUAAGAAGCCUUGUGGAGUAACUGGUCGACCCAUGUAUGUAUGUUUUCCCUAAAGAUCUCAUAUGUAUAUUUCUGCAAGAAUCUAGCACUGUCUAAAUACAAUCACUGAGUCAGUAAUUCUUAUUUCUUGAGAAUGGCCAAACCAAACAAGUCAAGCUAAAAUGAUGUUAUAUCAUAAACCAGGUCAUACAGAUCUUGUAUCUAUUGGUGUGUAGAUGUAUUCAGUGUUCUUUGCUUCUCUAAUUGCCAUCGUGUUUCUGUAGAUUCA